CAAACAGGCUACGUUAUGCGCGAGGUUCUAAUGUUGGAGAAGGAGUUCGAUGUGUUGGUAUGUUGGACGGCAGUGGACGGCGAGCUCGUGCGCGGUGCACUGCUGCCCACGCUCUCUCUCAAGUACAAGUACAGAGUGCACGCCGUGUUGCUGUCCACGCAGCCCGAUACUUGGUACAGUGAGCUAGUAGGCGAGGCGUCCCGCUGCCGGUCGCUGGUGGCAGUACUGUCUCCCGCACAACACUCGCCGCAGCAGCUGCUCACCGCGCUGCGACAGCUCAGGGCACUGCCACUGCCGCCCGUCGUUGUUCUAUUACAGGAUUUGCCAAAGCUGAAGCGCGAGGCGAAGGAGGGCGGCGAGAGCCUGGUGUCGACGCUGCGCGGCACGCGGCUGGUGGCGUGGCGCCACGUGCACGAGCGCGCCUUCUGGACGGCGCUGCGCCUGGCGCUGCCGCUGCCGCCCGCCGCGCGCGCGCGGACCGAUACCAAAACGAACCCCGAACAAGACGACAACAAAAACUCGCGCUCGGGCAGCCUCACCGCGCUCGUAUAACUCUGCCGGCAGCUACCGCGACUCAGUGUGGACGUGACCUUUAGUGUUUGACACUGCGCUCGGCGCCACACGCCCUGUGCUGCCAAUUCGUAUGAAGACUGUGAGUAGUUAAGCUAUUUGUAAUAUUCAAAUAUCACAUUACGUAAUUAAUUAGUUGUAGGUCGAUUUGAAACCUGUAUACAGUUUUCUAAGAUCUCAGUAUCUUCUUCGUCUGAUUACUAUAACAUCGUUUCGUGUUUCCAUUUCUCUCGUGCCAAUGGAAAUCUAUCAUGACAAUUUAUUUUAAGUUUGCGGUUGUAUUCCACUAUUUAUUUUUAUUUAUCUCUUUGUCUUACCUUUAUCGUUGUGUAUCUUUCUGUUUCUAAUGUAUUCGCGGAUGGAUGCCGCAUUAGGUUGUGUUGCGGAGUGUCGCGCGCACGGCGACGACUGUUAGGUUAGGACUUUAAUUUAUCUUCUCUUACUGUAGUAAUUUAUGUUGUGUGUAAACAGCGGAGUGUAAUUUGUGUUGCGACGAUUCAGGGUUCUGUGAUAAUCGAAGUGUGGGUGUUGUUAUAGAGACGGUAGUAUAUAAACCAGAAACAAACCAAAA